UGAACCGUAAACGGGCGUUGUUGUUACGCCGACUGCCAUUUUGAUCAGAAGUAUUCUGCGCGCUAUAAAUGGUGUGUUCAGGCUCAUAAGGAGACAUCGUAGUUCUUAAAAAACAAGACUACCCCAUCCUCUCCGUCAGCAUGCUCUCUGCAGCCCAGCUUCUCGAUGAGUUGAUGGGCCGGGACAGAAACCUGGCCCCCGAUGAAAAACGGUCCAACGUGCGGUGGGACGACGAGAGCGUCUGUCGAUAUUAUCUGUGUGGAUUCUGCCCUGCUGAGCUCUUCACAAACACCCGAUCUGACUUAGGCCCUUGUGAGAAAAUCCACGAUGAAAAUCUUCGAACAACAUAUGAGAAGAGCUCUCGCUUCAUGAAGGAGGGAUAUGAGAGGGACUUCCUGCGUUAUCUGCAGUCACUCCUAGCAGAGGUGGAGCGGCGGAUUCGUAGAGGGCAUGCCCGGCUGGCACUUUCCCAGGCUCAGCAGAACGCUGGGGGUCCUGGUCCAUCCGGAAAGAACGAGGAGAAGGUUCAGGUUCUUACAGAGAAAAUCGAGGACCUGGUUGUACAGAUUGAGGAGCUGGGGUCAGAGGGCAGAGUGGAGGAGGCCCAGGGAAUGAUGAAGCUGGUGGAGCAGCUGAAGGAGGAAAGGGAGCUGCUCAGCUCCACCCCUUCGACAAUCGAGAGCUUUGCAGCCCAGGAGAAACAGAUGGAGGUGUGUGAGGUGUGCGGGGCAUUCCUCAUUGUGGGGGAUGCACAAUCACGAGUGGAUGAUCACUUGAUGGGCAAACAACACAUGGGCUACGCCAAGAUCAAAUCUACUGUAGAGGAGCUCAAGGAGAAACUUCGUCGACGCUCAGAGGACCCUCAAGGUGAAAACCCAGCACUCAAGAGGGACAGAGAAGACCGUGAGCGUGAGAGGGAGGAAAGGGAGAAAAAGCGUAGAGAGGAGGAAGAGAAGGAGAAGGAGCGAGAAAAGGAACGUGAGAAGGACAGGGAACGAGAGAGAGAGAAAGAGCGGGAACGAGAGCGAGAUAGAGAUCGAGACAGAGACCGGGACCGGGACCGAGAUAGAGACCGGGACAGGAGGUCACGUAGAAGCCACUCCAACAGCCGCCACUCCAGUAGAGCAUCAGACAGGAAACGGAGCAGAUCCCGUGAUCGGCGAAGGUCAAGGAGCAGAGACAAGGACAGGGAGAGGGACCGCAAACGCAGCAGGAGUCGGGACAGGGACAGGGACAGAGACAGGAGGCGCAGCCGGGAUCGCUCUGACAGAAAGCGCCGCUCCCGCAGCCGUGACCGAAGGAGGUCUCGCAGCUCGGAACGCAAAUCUCACCGCCAUCGCAGUCGCAGCAAGGACAGGGACAAGGAGAGGGACAGAGACCGGGAAAGAGAACGGUCAUCAAAAGACAAAGACCGUAAGUCUACAGAGGAGAGAAGCAGCUCUAAGAAAGACAAGUCCUCUGACAGCGAUGCAGCCAACAUCAAGGCCUCCUCAGAAGUGGAACCGAUGGAGACGGAGGCGGCUGCCUCUGCCUCCCCCCCUCUGCUUAACGGCCAACAAGAGCUCCUCCAUUCUGAAGGUGACACUCAGUCCAAUUAAAACUGAUCUGAUAGGACCUCAGAUCAGGCUCAGGUAAGUGCAGCCUCCGCCCUGCUCCCCCCUGGCUCUAAACCCAACCCUGUCCCCAUCUCCCAUCUCCCUCACCCUCCCUCUGUCCCUACCUCACCCAGCCUGUUUAAGUUCAGUUCAAUAUGCCUAUGAUUUUGUCUUCUGUACUAUGUGCAAAUAUCUUUAUCCUGUUUUCAAAUAGUGCAUCAUAAGUAUGCACUGAAGAUGAAGGACUAGGCCCGAUGAGUGAGAAGAAAGUAGAAAACAUUCACACAAAGCCAAGAGGGAAAAGCCAGUGUAGUCCUGAGCAAACAUGCCCGGAGGUACCCCUCGUUUUGUAUAUGGGUUUUCCUUAGAGAUGUAUUUUGUCUUUGUGGGCAAAAUGGCAACGAGAUAUUAACCAAUCCAGUCCAGUUUUCCUGCCUGUAUUACCCUGUUUUUAUUUAUUUUAUUUUUCAGGAAAAUGUAUAUUUUUACUUCUCCAUACAGGAGACGAUUGAGCCUCUGUGUGUUUAUAUGUUAGAAGAUGAAGCAGGAAUUUCUCCUGCUCACAUGUAAACACACAGACAUCCUUCCAGCCAAAGCCAAAGGUGUUCUGUGACAAACAAGCACUUUAUUUUGCAGUAAUUCUUUCUCAAAUGCCAUGGAUUUGUUGUCCAGCUUACUGUGCCUGAUAAUGCCAUGCAGUGUGUGUUUGGGGGGUGUCAUAGCACCGGGGGCCUUACAAAACUAACUAACUGGAGGGUAGGGUUUAUCGAAUGAAUUGCAGCUGACUUCCAUACCUCACACAGCGUUGGUGUUGUGAGCGAGACCACAUGAGAAAAGGGCAAAUUAAAAAUCAUGGAUACUCUCUGACUGUCAAACUGUGCAGGUACUCACCCCAGGUACUCCUUUCUCUACCCACAUCCAUUUCUGAAUGCUGUUGCCUGUCAGAAAUAACUAUUCUGUACUUCUCCUAAACAUGAACGUAAAAGAUUGAUUGUGUAUAUUGUUUUAUUGUGCUUCUUUUGUUUUUAAAAUUAACUUUCAAAUAUGUUGAUGUAGAUAUGCCAAGGAUGCACAUUUUUUAACGUAGAAAUGCACAAGGCAGCCUGCUUGAUAUACCUGCACCAGAUGCAGAAGUUUUGUUGUUGUGAGACUUUAAAUGCCACAUAGAGCUCAACAGUGACCAGCCACUUUUGAGGCAGCUCUGGCCGUUUCUUGACAUUUCAGAAAAUCCCUACAGCAGUUGUUUUAGUCCUGGAACUAAGCCAACAAGCUACCUAAAUAUUCAUGCCGUUUAAAAAUUGAUCAAUCACAAGAAUGGUAUUGGAAAAGAAAAGAAAAAAAAUGCAACCCUUUGUGAUUCAGUUAAGUCGUUAAGACUGAUUGCGUUUAAACUUUAAAAUGUAUGAACAUUUUUUCAAUGUAAUCUUUGUUACAGUGCUCAUAUACUCAAUAAUAAAUGAAAUAUGUUUUACUUUGUGUAUACAUAGCGGGUCAUAUCGUAUAUGUAGUAUGGUUUCAUAGGGCUAGAAUUAAGGAUUCGGGUUGGAGAAAUGUUGUCAUCACCAGCUGACAGCCAAAGUUCACUGGGAAUUAAAUGUUCACAUGAUAAGGGCUGGUUUCAAAAUCUGUUACAGAGUACUUCUCACCAAGGUAUAUUGAUGCAAGGACUCAAAAGUUGACUUUUCUCUGUAAUGUCCAUGACGUCCUUCAUAAAUAGCUCUGCAUGCUUAACAUUUUCUGUUUUCUGAGAAGAUUUCACCAAGAAACAUGAAAACACUGUAAAAGAAUUAUGUCCUGGUAUUAGCAGCUGUAGAGCCGAAAUCCUUUCCUUCAAAAGACGGGUUCAAUCAGUUUCUCUCCCACCGUUGCUGUCGACAAAGCUGGUAUCACAAGCCCCAUCCCUUUUGUUCCUUACCAAUGUAGGAAAAAUUACAGUGAUGAGCCCAGCGCUGUUCUGGAAGUUGAACUUUUUCAGACUAAAGGGUUGUGAGCGCUCAAAAUGCUGGACUACAUGGGUUUUGUAUUGAAAUUGAGUGCUGCCAGGUGCAAAAAAAGAAAUAGCUGCUGUGGACACAGGUAUUAACAGAGAGUGCCACCAGUUGAGAAAUCUUAAUGGAUUGUGGGUACUGCAGUUUUUCCCAUUUGUAUUAAAUAAACCAUGCUUUUCUUGAAACAAGGUUGACUUCAUAGAAACGUGUCUUUUACAGAUGCAUAUACCACUGUUUCCUUUUUGCAUAGCUCACAAGUCUUCCAAGGAUGGUUAUAACAUUGUUGCUAAUAAUUACAUUCAGUAUAGAGAAACUGAGUGGGAUUUUUACUUCCAGAGCCCCACUGAUGAGCUCUGUAGGUUGAGCUGGCUGAAAGUUGUUUCCUGUAUUGGCUUUUCUAAGAAAUUUCUGAAUUAAAUUUUUGCAGGGUGAUGGGAAUAUCAAACAGGCCUGUCAUUGUUAUUUGAUAAGGGUGCAAAGUAGUGACAAAGCCAUACUUUUUUCAGAAUUUCAAAAGUGCAAACUUUCAAUAUGUUGUACUGUAGAUAACAUGCACAUUUUUAACCAUGUAUCAGGAUAGAUUUGUGCAUCAAUCAGUUUAUUUAGUUUACAACCUUCACCUUCCUCUGUGGCUAAAUUGAGGGCUACAUUUGAGUUCUGUUUUAGUUACAGCACUUGUAUGAAGUCCUUGUAGCGGAGCCUUUGCUAACAUUGCAUUUUGUGAACAUUUUUGUUCGACAGGGGAAGCUGGACUACCUGGUGGAGGAAAAGUGGAAGAGCGCACCCAUCCUUACCCUGAACCUGACACUUCGCUGCUUAAAAACAAGGUGAACCACAAUUGUGUAGUGGCUUAUUUAAAAACAUGAACAUAUAUGUGGAAAUGAGGAGAGAAAAACUUACAAUGAUUUUCCUGUUCCCUUAUUGUUGAUCUUGGAUGAGGGUAGUUGUGGUUCAUCUGAUGUGUUUCCUGGUCUAGAUAUCCUCUAGGCAUCACUUUAAAUACCAAACUUAGAGGAGAUUAUGGGUUUUUGUUUUUCUUUUCUAAAAACUUCACACAUCCUCCUUGUUUCUUGGCAUUUAGUGAACAUGAAAUAAAAAAGUGCUUGUGGUUUGUUUUGGUUUGUCAGGUUCCACCUUCACUUCCUGACCUUCUUUUCUAAAGUCAGUUAAACGCGUAUGUACAAUGUUAGUGUCCUGACAGGGCGUGUCUCUUUUCUCCUCCACUUAGAGCUCACAUUGAUUGCUCAUGUCCCCUCGCUGUAAAAUAUACUGAUUUCAUUUUGAUCAAAAGAUUUUGAGGACUGAAGACUUGUUUAAUUUUGCUCUGCUUUUACUGUCUAUGUUGUCUCAAUGAAUAAAACGUAAAAACAU